AUGCCGACUCCCGGCCUCCUUUACGUGACGAUGCAGCCUCAGGGCUCACUGCCUGACGCGCAGUUCCACGACUGGUACAACACCGAGCAUGGCCCGCUGCGCGUGCGGCUGCCCUUCAUCACCAAUGGCUUCCGCUUCCGCGCGACCGACGGCGAGAAGCCCGAGUAUGUGGCGCUGUACGAUAUCACCGACAUGGACGAGUUGACCCGCAAGACCUACCUGGAUCUGCGGACUGAUCUGAUCAAGACGGAGCGUGAGAAGAAGACCAUGGCCCAAAUCGAUGUCGGGCGCCUGCUGUACGACCUGAUCGAUGAGCGCAGCGCCCCCAACUCCCGCCCGCUGGAGGACCAAGCCGACACAGAUGCCGAGACCCGCGGGAGCGUCCUCGUCGCCGUCACCACUGCCACUCACGCCGACCCGGAGAAGCAGGCCGAGCAUGACCGCUGGUAUCGCGAGGAACACUUCGAAAUGCUCUCCCGCGUGCCGGGCUGGCGCCGCAGCCGCUUGUUUGUGACUUCGUCCAUUGAUCCCAAGGCCCCGCGCGAGACGCUCGCUCUCCACGAGUAUUCUCCCGUCAACGGGCUCGGCGGCGAUGUCCACAAGGCCGCCAUGAACACCACCUGGCGUCAGAAGCUCCAGGAGACCGUGGUCACCUCUAAGAAGCGCCGCGUCUACCAGUGGUACUACACCUUCGGCCCCGCUCCGCGGGAGCUUUCGUCGCUGGCCUCCCCGGAUUGCGUUGGACCCUGGUCCUCCAACGAUGAGAAGACCCGCACUUUCCCUUCGACGACACGCCCUGCUGUCGAGUCGUUUGUCACCACCAAGGACGGCGUCGAGAUCCCCUACCGAUUGGAAGGUAGCACCGACCCCGAGGCCCCGGUGGUGGUGCUCAGCAACUCCAUCCUCGUCAACUGGAACAUUUGGGACCGCUUUGUGGAUGCCUUCCUCGCCCGCAAGGAGAACCAGCGUUACCGCAUCGUGCGCUACCUGACCCGUGGCCGCCGCUCCGCCAGCGGUGAGCAGCCCGUCACCGUGGAUGUGCUGGCCUCCGACCUGGCCACCCUCCUCGAGGCCCUCCGCGUGCCUCCCAAGGCGGCCCGUUUGAUCGGUGUCAGCCUGGGGGGUGUCACCGUUCUCAACACCGCCCUGCUGUACCCCGAGCGCAUUGGCGCCUUUAUUUCCUGCGACACUAACUCGUCCGCGCCCGAGUCCAACCGUAAGGCCUGGGGCGACCGCGUCGCCAUGGCCGAGCAGGAGGGCUCGACCCACCCGGAAACCGAGGAGCCCAUUGUCGGCGAGCAGCUGGCUGAGAUCACGACCCGACGCUGGUUCGUCCCGGAGUCGUACGAGGCCCAUCCGGAGGUGCUGGCCUCGGUCAAGGAGGCUAUCCGUACGAACAGUCUGAAGGGCUUUGCGCACAGCGUCAACGCGCUUUGUGCCUACGACAUCCGCGAGCGCAUGGCCUCGGCGACCGUGCCCGGGCUGUUUGUGGCUGGUGCUAACGAUGGCGUUCUGCCCCAGACCAUGCAGAAGAUGGCUGCUGACCUGAAGGGCGGUGCCGAGCUGAAGAUCAUUGACAAGGCGGGUCACUUGCCCAUGGCCGAGCAGCCCGAGGCCUUUGCCGAUGUGGUGACUGAGUUCCUGAGCAAGAUUGAUGGUUGA